GUGCAUAUAGGCCACAAACAUUUGUCUUUUAUCUGCGCUAAACGGUGGGAAAUCACGAAAUAUUAUUAAUUCUUUUAUCCUAACAAUCAUUCCAACACCAAGGAACUUCUUUUUUCUUGCGAGCAUCCUAAGAGAGGUUGUGCUGCUUCUAUGACAAAAGGUGAUUGUGCAGUCCAACAGACUUGUCUUCAAAAUGUCAGAACCAGGCUGUCCACCCCAAAAUGACCAUCCAAAUCCCAUACCUCAGCCUGAAGGUCCUACACUGGCUCCUCCUGCAGAGUUCCAGUCAGUGGACCAACCAGAUCUAAGCAAUCCAGCACCUCACCAGGUUCAGCCAUAUACAGGUCAUGUAUCGGCCCCUGAACCUGCAGAGCUCCAGCCAAUGAACCAACCAGAUCUAAGCAAUCCAGCACCUCACCAGUUUCAGCCAUAUACAGGUCCUGCACCGGCUCCUGAACCUGCAGAGCUCCAGCCAGUGAACCAACCAGCUCCAGGUAACCCAGUCAUAAAUCCAGCACCUCACCAUUGUCAGCCAUAUGCAGGUCCUACACCGGCUCCUCCUGCAGAGUUCCAGUCAGUGGACCAACCAGAUCUAAGCAAUCCAGCACCUCACCAUGGUCAGCCAUAUAAAGAGACCCAGCCAGUGAAUCAUUCAGCUCCAGCACAGCAGGUCAUGUAUCUAAUCGACCUAAGGAAUCCAGCAUCUCACCACGGUCAGCCAAAUGCAGAGCUCCAGCCAGUGAACCAACCAAUUCCAGUUCAGCUGGUCAUGAAUCCGCCUGGUCCAAGCAAUCCAGCACCUCACCAUGGUCAGCCAUAUGCAGUUCCCCCUGCAGUGCUCCAGCCAGUGAACCAACCAGCUCCAGGUCAGCUGGUCAUGUAUCUAACUGAUCAAAGCAAUCCAGCACCUCACCAUGGUCAGCCAAAUGCAGUGAAUCAACCAGCUCCAGGUCAGCUGGUCAUGUAUAUAACUGAUCAAAGCAAUCCAGCACCUCACCAGGUUCAGCCAUAUAAAGGUCCUGCACCGGCUCCUCCUGCAGGGGUCCAGCCAGUGAACCAACCAGCUCCAGGUCAGCUGGUCAUGAAUCCGCCUGGUCCAAGCAAUCCAGCACCUCACCAGGUUCAGCCAUAUGCUGCACCUGCAGUUCCACCGCUGGCUAUACCUUUUGGAGUCCCACCUGGUCUCGAGUACCUCAUUCAGAUAGACCAGAUCCUUAUCCAUCAAAAAGUAUCGUGUGUAGAGAUGUUCACCGGCUUUGAGACCAACAACCAGUAUGAGAUCAAGAACAGCCUCGGUCAAGAGAUCUUCCACGCCAAAGAAAAAAGUGACUGCUUCAUACGCAAUUUCUUUGGUCCGGCACGCAAUUUUCAAAUGCAAAUUAGAGACAACGAGGGCCAAGAGGUCAUACGGAUGAACAGACCAAUGCGCUGCUUCCUGCAAGAGAUUGAGGUACAGGCUCCCCUUGGAGUUACCAUAGGCUAUGUGAAACAGGAGUGGUCCUGCUUUUUACCAAAAUUCUCCAUCCUGGGCCUCAACAAUGAGGUACUACUGAAAAUCCACGGGCCCUUUCUUCCUCUCAAAUGCUGUGGUGACAUCAACUUUGAGGUAAAAGGCAUGAAUGGUGGGAAGUCAAUUGGUCGAAUCAUAAAACAACGAAGUGGUUUCUUAAAGAAAUGCUUCACUGAUGCCAGCAACUUUUGUAUCGAAUUCCCCCUGGACAUGGAUGUUAAAAUGAAGACUAUAUUAUUGGGUGCUUGCUUCCUUAUUGACAUCAUGUUCUUUGACAAAGGUGGAAAUUUAUUUUUAAAAAUGUUAAAAGGAUCAUGAAAUGCUUUUUUCCUAUUUAUAAUCAUUUCCUUGAGGGUUUUGUUAUUGAGUUCUUUUCUUUUCUUUUUUUGACUGAAAAGCACAGUUUGAGGGCACUUGCCCUAUAAGACUAAACACCCAACUUUCUUGAUUGUAUUGUUUUUGUUUGAUUUUUUCAUAGAAAAUAAUAUAUGCUUAAAGGGAUACUCAACCCCAAAAUGAAAAUUC